GAGCGCGGUGCCUGGAGCGGUCGCGGGGUCCCCAGGGGCUACGGGGCACCCCAGCCCUGGGGAUCUGGGCGGCGCCACCAGAGCGCCCACCUGCAGAGACCUCGCGAUCGCUCCCGCCGACUUUCCCGGAGCACACGGACCCCCGGUGCCACCUGGGCAUUCGUGUCCUUCAUCCUCGAUCACAGUCGAGCUGGGGAACCGCUGACACCCGCUGCCGCUCCGAGGCUCGUCCUCGCGGCGGCUCCCCACGGGCAUGUUUCAGGGGGGUAGGACCAGCAUCCCCAAGCCCGCGCCCCGCAACCUGGAGGACCUGGACUCGGUGCAGCGCGUCUUGCUACACAGUGAUCUGGAGCCUGAGUGGCUGGACAGUGUGCAGAGGAAUGGAGAGCUGUUCUACCUGGAACUGAGUGAGGAUGAGGAGGAAAGCCUCCUUCCGGAGACACAGACCGUGAACCAUGUCAGGUUCAGUGAGAAGGAGGUCAUCAUUGAAGAGGAUGAUUCCAGAGAAAGGAAGAAGUAUGAACCCAAGCUCAAGCGCUUCACCAAGAUCCUGAAAAGCAAAAGACUUUUACCUAAGCGCUACCACAAAAAGAGCAGCAAUGACAAUGGGCCGGUGUCCAUUCUGAAGCAUCAGUCCAACCAAAAGACCGGAGUCACCGUGCAGCAGCGGUACAAGGAUGUGAGUGUCUAUAUCAACCCCAAAAAGCUGACGGUCAUCAAAGCCAGGGAGCAGCCCAAACUCCUGGAAGUGCUGGUGGGAAUCGUCCAUCAGACCAAGUGGAGUUGGAAAAGGAGUGGGAAGCAGGCCGACGGAGAGAGGCUCGUGGUGCACGGCCUGCUGCCAGGAGGCUCUGCCAUGAAGAGCGGUCAGGUCCUGGUUGGCGAUGUCCUUGUUGCUGUGAAUGAUGUAGAUGUGACUUCUGAAAACAUAGAAAGAGUUCUGUCUUGCAUUCCUGGACCAAUGCAGGUGAAGCUGACAUUUGAAAAUGCAUAUGCUGUGAAAAAGGAAACAACCCAACCAAAAAAGAAAAAGACCCAGUCGAGCACGAAUGAUUUGGUGAAACUUCUCUGUGGGUCGGAGGCUGAAGGCAUCCAGCACAGUAUCCUGGGCACCCCACACAUCAUCAUGUACCUCACCCUGCAGCUCCAGUCAGAGGUGUCCAAGGAGGAGCAGGAAAUUCUGUACCAUUACCCAGUAUCCGAAGCCUCUCAGAAACUCAAGAGUGUGAGGGGGAUUUUUCUCACACUCUGUGACAUGCUGGAAAGUGUAACUGGGACGCAAGUUACUAGCUCAUCCCUCCAUUUAAAUGGGAAACAAAUUCAUGUUGCCUUCUUGAAAGAAUCUGACAAGUUGUUGUUAAUUGGCCUGCCUGCUGAAGAAAUUCCUCUUCCCCAGCUGAGGAACAUGAUAGAAGAUGCUGCCCAAACCCUGAAGUUCAUGUAUGGUUCUUUAGACAGUGCCUUUUGCCAGGUUGAGAACACCCCUCGUUUGGAUCAUUUCUUCAGCUUGUUCUUUGAACGAGCUCUUCAGCCUGACAAGCUGCAUCUCAGCGCCAACCCUAGUGCUCAGCAGUACGAUGCAGCAAGCGCCAUGCUUUUAGACGGCCUCCCUGCAGUCCGUUGGCUCGCACUUCCACAGGAACUCAAGGUGGAGUUGGACACAGCGCUGAGUGACCUAGAGGCCGCAGACUUCGAAGAACUGUCCGAAGAUUACUAUGACAUGAGACGGCUGUACACAAUUUUGGGGUCUUCUCUGUUUUACAAGGGUUAUUUGGUGUGCAGCCAUCUACCGAAGGAUGAUGUUGUUGAGAUUGCCGCGUACUGCCGCCACUACUGCCUGCUGCCUCUAGCAGCAAAGCAAAGGAUUGGCCAGCUGAUAAUAUGGAGAGAAGUCUUCCCACGGUACCACCUCCAGCCUCCUGCAGAUGCAGACACCGAGGUCUUCCAGGAACCCGAAGGGAGAUAUUUUUUACUAAUUGUCGGAUUGCGACAUUAUAUGUUGUGUGUGCUGUUAGAAGCCGGAGGCUGUACAUCUAAAGCUACUGGGAAUCCCGGUCCAGAUUGUAUCUAUGUAGAUCAGGCCAGAACAACUCUUCAUCAGCUGGAAGGAGUAGACUCCCGCAUCGAGGAGCAGCUAGCCUCAUCUCUGGGGCCCUCUCUGUCUUGUGCUGACUGGUUCCUUGCUGCACCACGUGAAAAGGCAGAUAGUUUGACCACUUCACCCAUCCUCAGUAGACUGCAGGGGUCCACCAAGACAGCGACCUCUCCAACAUGCAGAAGAACCUUUUUCAGUGACUAUUCCUUCAAGGCACGGAAACCCAGUCCCUCCCGGAGCAGUGGAGGAUGUGAGCCUGGUGAAGGUGGAGAAAGUGCUGGUCCUAGCCCACACACUACCCCAGAUGCAAUACGGAGGCAAAGAGAAUCCGGUGGUUCAGAGGACAGCGCAGCCUUGCUUAAGCUCGCUAGAAAGAAAUCGACACUUCCAAAUCCGUUUCAUUUGGGAAAUUCGAAAAAAGAACUUUCAGAAAAAGAAGUGGAAGUCUAUAACACAACGAAGUUGACCUCUGGUCCUGAUAAUACACUCUUCCACUAUGUUGCCUUGGAAACAGUGCAGGGCAUCUUCAUCACCCCCACCCAUGAAGAGGUGGCUCAGCUAGGCGGUUCCGUCCACACUCAGCUAAUUAAGAAUUUCCAUCAGUGUUGUCUCUCUAUCCGUGCACUUUUCCAACAGACACUGAAGGAAGAGAAAAAGAAAGCACUGCGUGGUGCAGAGCAUUCGGAGUCUGCAGAUUCAGUGGCUUCUCUGACCCCUGUGAUAGAGCAUGGCGUGCUGUUUGAAUGUUCGCCUGAAAAUUGGACUGAUCAGAAAAAAGCACCACCAGUUAUGGCUUACUGGGUGGUGGGGAGGCUCUUCCUUCACCCAAAACCUCAGGAACUGUAUGUCUGUUUUCAUGACUCGGUCACAGAAAUCGCCAUUGAAAUGGCAUUUAAAUUGUUCUUCGGAUUAACAUUGUAGCUGUGUUUGUAGGAUGCACAAAUGGACGAACCAUGGGACAGUGUCAGAAUGGCUGAAAUCAACAUAGAGAGAUCAGGCUCAGCUUAGUCCUUUUUCAGUAUUGAACUUAUCUUGUUAAAUAUUGAGAUGCAGUGCUGUUAGGCUGGUACAUCCAGUCAUAUGUAGUAUUAUAUGAGACAUCUGAGCAGAUACUUGAUCAAAAUACGGAGACAAGAUUGCUAAUUUAUUGCCAUUUUGGUAUACCAUGCUAAUUUAUUGAGUAGUUUUAAAUAAUGUAAACUCUUUAAUAAAAAUUAAUAGAUGUUUAUUUGGGGAUCAUAUUUAACUCAUUGUUUGUCUUUCUUUGAACCCAUGCUGACUUAUUCCUGGUGAAGGAAUCAUAAAAUUGAAGAGAUGACAGGUUGUAUAGUCAGUCAGUUCUGUGCUGCGAGGGGCCCUCACCUGUCAGGCCUCAGAGCAUCUGUGUACUAAUAACAUUAUUAUUGCAUUGGGAUUUUUGAACAUCACAGUUAAGAAAAAUGCAUUGUUUUUGUUUUGUGUAUUGGUCAGUAUCUAAAUUUGCAAUAUCUGUGUUCUGGUUUCUUAGCAAAUCAAAAGCUUUUGCAUUAGUUUUAAGUAUUUUAGUAGAUACCUCACUGCAGAGGAAGAUGGGAAGGACGAAAGUCAAAGUUAAUUUAUAUUUACUUGAUUCUCUUUACUCUUUGUGAUAAACUUUAUUUUGGAUUGGGAUACAUAUUUUUAAUCAUCCAUAAGUUUCCAUUGCUUUUUUUCUUCUUGUUGAAGGACAUUUUGGUACACAUACAUUUUUAUAUCACCUCUACCAAGUCAUAUUAAAAAUACUGGAAGAGGGCUGGAGAGAUGGCUCAGAGGUAAUGAGCAAGUACCUCACUGGAAGAGACCUGAGUUCAGCUCUCAGCACAUGCGCGCGCGCGCACACACACACACACACACACACACACACACACACACACAAAAUUAGAAAAUAAAAGCCUUUUUAAAACACUGAAAAAAAAAACAGGUUAACACUGUCCUAGGGUAACUUCUUUUAUAAAAUACUAAUUUUUGUCUUACAAAUAAACGUCAGUCUGUACUGGAUUUUCCCAAAGGGAGAGGGAAGGAGCACUUUAACUGACAGCAGCUUACUUGAGCUUCACUAGUACAGCUUGACUAGACACAUGUUUUCUUUGGCCAUGAGAAUUUAGUGUAUGGAAGAAAAGAAAAAUACAGUAAAUCUACAUUUAUUAUUACCAUCUACCCUAGUGGACUUCCCACAGGCUCAAUAUCCCCACACUUCCCAGCCCUGGGUAGUUUCUCCUUCAAGGAUUAUGUAUGUUGGAAGGCAGGCUAUCUAAAGUCGAUCUAAAGUUCAUCUCUGCAUUUUCCCUCCUUUGAACAUGAGCCUUCCAGCUUAAAACUACAAAGCAUAUCAGUGCGCCCUGAGCCAUUUGGUCUUAUAAAAAAUACUGUUUAAGAGAGUCUCAUCAAGGCAUUGGUGACAGACACCCACUGUUUACAUCACCAGUGACUCCUGGGCUUUAAUUUCAGUUUCCAAGUAAGAGAAGGAAAUUUUGGAUCUUGAAAUGUAGAGAACAGUUUGAAAUAUCUCCCCUCUUAACACUGAGUCCAAUUAGUUAAGACUAUCUUCUGUCUUAGACUGCCUGUGUGCCAAUGUAUGUGUUCAGCAUUUCUAAAAAUGUAUUUAUUAAAUGUCUUAAAUUUCUGGAUAUCCCCUCAAAUCCCAAACUGUUUCUAAUACUGAUCAUUAUGAUGAAUGUAGCCAUUGAUCACCUCAGGUUUUCAAACAGAACACACUAAGACUUGGGAUUUUAAUACAGGGAACUUUUUCCACUUAAAAUUUGAUCUGGUGGUGCUUUCUGGGAGUCAGGUAGCCGUGAGAACAAAAAGUGGUGUAAAAAUACAAAGCAGACAACAGAUCUUAUUGAUGGGCUGUUUGCUGUGUGGUACAUGUACACUACAAUGUCCGUGUUGAAGAGGCAUUGCAUUUUUAAAAAAUAAAAUGCUGUCUUCUUUUUCAUUUCCAGGUGAAUAUUGGGGGUAAACUUAGCUCACCAUCUCUCUAGAUAGUUCAGACUCAUACCUGAAACUCAGUCAGUGUCUUACUGUUGGACAUUGAAGUCCUGUCUUUGCCCUUUACAGGGAGGGGACAAAGUGACAGGUGCAGACCCCAUAGCGAUGGGCUUUCAGAGAAAUCUCAGAGUUAGGCUAUUCAUAUCUUAAUAAUAACAUUCCAAAAGACACUAAAUCCAGUGUCUACCUAGCAUUCUUAGAAAACCCGACACAGCCAGGCAUGGCGGCCCACGCCUGGAAUCCCAGUGUUCAGGAGGCUAAGGCAGGGGACGAUAAUAAAUUCAAGGACGACAGGGCUGUAUAGUAAGGCCCUAUCUCAGACAGACAAACAAAACCACAAGGACUUUCUUACUACUGUCAGAUGGUUCUUGGCCUCAAAGAAAUUUUAGAGUGUUGCCUUUUCUUUUCUUCUCUCUCUUCUCCCUCUCCUUAGCUUUCUUUCGGUUCUGUAAUGUCAAAACUGUACCUAGGAGGGUAUACAGUGUUUCACUUUUUGUGCCAAGGGACUAUGGAUGAUGAUGCGUGUGUAACAAGAUGGUAAUUGUGAAAUAAUUGCUUUUUAAAUACUUCUGACACAAAUGGAAAAAAACUGUGAAACCAGUCUACUAGGUUUGUUUGUCUGUUUUAACCAUUAUUUGUUUCUGUGUGUUCUCUAAAUCAUGGUUGUCGCAUAUUAUGAAGUAUGAAGUGUGAGCUGCAGCUACUAUUUAUCAACAUUAAAUGGCGUCUGCUUGAAAACCAAAGGAAACAGCCGAGUCAUGCCUAUUACUGCACAACACGGCAGGACUGAUCUGAGAAAAUGCCUCCUCCCUCUUGUUUUGAGAAUAAGGAUUUAUAGUUUGGAUUUUUUCAAAUAGUAAGUGCUGUUAAAACUUGAACCUACACACCAAACCAUAUGAACUAAUUUAAUUUUAAAGAGUUUUAUUUCUGUAUGUAAUUAAAGCUAUUUUUCUACAUUAUUCAGAGUUUUAAAUAAAAGCAUUUUGGAGGUU